AUGGCGUCCUUACCUCCUUUGGACCCGAUCACUACAACUCCGGCGGAUCGCAACAAGAAGGUCGCCUACUUCUAUGAUUCGGAUGUGGGUAACUAUGCCUACGUCUCGGGACAUCCGAUGAAGCCUCAUCGCAUUCGGAUGACACACAGUUUGGUCAUGAACUAUGGCCUUUACAAGAAGAUGGAAAUUUAUGUAACGCCUGAUAAUAUGGACUCUUUCGCGAAAGAACAAAGCAAGUACAACGUCGGUGAUGACUGCCCUGUCUUCGAUGGUCUCUUUGAGUUCUGCGGGAUUAGCGCCGGUGGUAGCAUGGAAGGUGCGGCACGCCUGAACCGCAAUAAGUGCGACAUCGCCGUCAACUGGGCCGGUGGUCUUCAUCACGCGAAAAAGAGUGAGGCCAGUGGUUUCUGUUAUGUGAACGACAUUGUCCUUGGUAUCUUGGAACUGCUACGAUUCAAACAAAGAGUUCUCUACAUCGAUAUCGAUGUUCACCACGGAGAUGGUGUCGAAGAGGCCUUCUAUACUACGGACCGUGUGAUGACCGUCUCAUUCCACAAAUACGGAGAGUACUUCCCUGGAACCGGUGAGCUUCGCGACAUCGGUGUCGGUCAUGGUAAAUAUUAUGCCGUCAACUUCCCGCUCCGAGAUGGAAUCGACGAUGUGUCUUAUAAGAGUAUUUUCGAGCCCGUUAUCAAGAGCGUCAUGGAAUGGUACCGGCCAGAGGCUGUGGUGCUGCAAUGUGGUGGUGACAGUCUGUCGGGUGACCGACUGGGUUGCUUCAAUCUGAGCAUGAGAGGUCAUGCCAACUGCGUCAACUUCGUCAAGAGCUUUAACCUCCCGACAUUGAUCCUUGGUGGAGGUGGCUACACUAUGAGAAACGUUGCUCGGACGUGGGCCUUCGAGACCGGUAUCUUGGUCGGCGAUAACCUAGGCGCUGAGCUCCCCUACAAUGACUACUACGAGUACUUCGCUCCCGACUAUGAACUCGAUGUUCGUCCGUCGAACAUGGAUAACGCCAACACCAAGGAAUACCUGGAUAAGAUCCGAGCUCAAGUGGUGGAGAACCUCAAACGGACUGCUUUUGCACCGUCUGUACAAAUGACUGAUGUACCUCGCGACCCUCUGGUGGAGGGUAUGGAUGACGAGGCGGAUGCCAUCAUGGACGAUCUGGAUGAGGACGAGAACAAGGACAAGCGCUACACGAAGCGGCGCUUUGACCAAUAUGUCGAGAAACCGGGCGAGCUUAGCGACAGCGAAGAUGAGGAGGAAAACGCGGCCAAUGGCGUCCGUAAGCCCGCUGGCCUGAAACGGAGGAACCAGGCCAACUUCCGGAACCUCGACACCGGUGACUCGGGACUCGACAGCGGUGUUGCCACCCCUGCAGAGGCUUCAUCCGUCCCUGAUGAUGAGAUGGAUACGACGGCUGAUGCCAAGACGACGGAGCCGGCACCCGAGCCUGAGACCGAGGCCGCUGCAACCCCAUCGGCUGCAGAACCACCUUCCCGGGCUAAAGACGCGUCGAAUGCCGAGCAAACUGAAAUGGCCGUGGAUGGUAAGGAGCCUGUCGCUCCUUCUGCUCCUGUUUCCCGCCCGGAGUCUCCGAAGGCGCAGGAUGAGGACACCACUAUGGAGGAUGCUGGUGAAGCAGAGGCUGCUCCGGAACCGGAAAAGACAGAGCAGUCCGAAGCUCCGGCUCCCGCAGUUAAUGAUUCGCUGCGGGAAGAGAAUAAGCCUGUCGAGGAAAUCGCGAUGUCAGAGAAGACUGUUCAGGAGCCCACUGAGGAACGCGCUCCGGAAAAGGCACAGUCGCCUCCUAAGGAACCCACAUCACAAGACGGAGCACAAGAAGCUGCAGAAGCCGAGAAAGUAGAGGAGCUGACGGAAAAGAUGGUAGAACCUCAGGAGAAGACACCCGAAGCGCCCAAGGAGGAGCCGGCUGCAGAGAAGACCGAACCGCAGGCGCCUGCAGACAAGAAGGAACCCAGCCCCGAGAAGAAAGCAGAGGAGCCUGCAAAAAGCGAAGAAUAG